AUGGAGAAUGGAGCCAGUGUUCUAGGUCAUGUUCCGGUCAUUCCACUCCUGAUAGACAACGAAAGUAUAGUAACCGACGUGAAAUUCGACGUUGUCAGUCCACUCAACAAUCAAUGUUGUUAUCAAAGCAGUAGUGCUUCUGUCGCAGAAGCUAAUGCUGCUGCCCAAGCCGCACAGGCUGCAUUUUCACAAUGGACGAAGCUGAAACCCAAUGUCCGGCGAGAAUUGCUCUGGAAAGCAGCGGAUUUGAUGGAUUCAGUAUCGGAUGAACUGGUUCGUUACCAACAGGAAGAGAUGGGAGCUUUACCCGCUGCAGCUCGCCGUUCGAUUAAGCGUGCAUCCGAUUUACUGCGAGAUGCGGGUGCCAUGAUCUCCUUGAUCGAAGGGACAGUACCAUCCCUUGGGCAGGAAGGUUACGCUGCGGUAGUCUUAAAAGAACCGUAUGGAGUCGUCUUGGGGAUUGCUCCUUGGAACUCACCGUUCAUUCUUGGUAUGCGAGCGAUUGCUCUACCCCUUGCGGCAGGCAACACUGUCAUUCUCAAGGGAUCAGAGCUAUCGCCAAAAUGCUUUUGGGCACUGGGGCAGAUCUUUUACAGGGCUGGUUUACCUAAAGGCUGCGUGAAUGUGAUAUUUCACCGACCAUCGGAUGCGAUCGAAGUCACAAAUAGUUUGAUUGCCCAUCCAGCGGUACAGAAAAUAAAUUUUACCGGGAGCACUCAAGUCGGGAGGGCAAUCGCUGCCGUCGCGGGCAAGUAUGGGAAGCCGGUGUUGCUGGAACUUGGUGGAAAGGCGCCUUGUAUCAUACUUGAUGACGCGGACUUGCAAGAAGCGGCCUCUGGAUGUCUGAUAGGCGCCUUUGCAGGGGCCGGCCAAAUUUGCAUGUCGACGGAGCGCAUCAUCGUCCACCGAAGAGUCGCUGAAUCAUUUCGCGCCAUUCUGGUCGAGAAAGCUCAGGAAAUGUUUGGUGCAUCUCUACCUGUACCAACCUUGGUAUCCGCAGCAUCUCGUAAAAGGAUUCAAAUCCUCGUUUCUGAUGCUCUACAAAAAAAAGCUGAAAAACUGUUCGCACCUCGGGAUAAUAAGGAACAGAAUGACUCUCAGAUGCAGCCUAUCAUCCUCGAAAACGUCUCCCCAGACUCUGAUCUCUAUCAUACAGAAUCCUUUGGACCAGUAGCCUCUUUAUUCGUGGUAGAUUCGGAAGGCGAGGCAAUUGAGCUUGCGAAUGAUACCGAAUAUGGUCUCACUGCCGCCGUUUACACAAACAACCUCGCAAGAGGAUUCAUGGUUGCAGGUCAAAUCCAAUCUGGGGCUGUACACAUCAAUUCACCUACAAUACACGACGAACCUGUGCUGCCACAUGGAGGUGUCAGGAGCAGUGGGUAUGGUCGAUUUGGUGGCGUUCAUGGAUUAGAUGAGUUUUUGCAGACGAAAGUGAUUACAUGGAAAGCAGAUUGAAUUGAAUCUACUGGACAAAAAUGCGAAUACUCUAAUAUUUCUAAAGGAAUACGUAUGCCUGAUAUGGUUGUAACAAGAAGCAAUCUCACAUAUGCAAUACAAACCAUGUUGGCCGAAACGAUAAGGCUAUA